CACGUCGGCUGCGUGCGCCAGGCUACGAGGGACGGGAAGAGGAAGCGGAAGUGUUGGCGACUCGCGUAGUAUCCCGCUGCGUUCGUGGUACAAGCUCAGACGGUACCCAUGGAGGAAUCUAGAGAGCCGGUGCUGGAUGCUAAGUCCCAGGUCACCAACCAGGUGAGUGGGUGGCCGCCCCGCUUUCUGCCCGCUUCCGCGGGGCGAGGGGGUGCGCGCCCAGCUCCUGGCAGCCCCCGGGGUCGGAGCCACCCUUAUAGAUUUUCAGUGGAAACUGGGGAUGGCUGUGAGCUCGGACAGUUGCAGAUCUCUGAAGUAUCCUUAUGUAGCAGUGUUGCUAAAAGUGGCAGAUCAUUCAGGCCAAAUAAAGAACAAGUCCUUUGAAAUGACAAUUCCACAAUUUCAGAAUUUCUACAGACAAUUCAAAGAAAUUGCUGCAGUUAUUGAAACUGUGUGAAAACUGGUUCUUGGUUGAUAAGUUACUAUCAUAUUCUAAGAUCAUGGACGUCACUUUCUGCAUCAAAACUGCAUAAGGAUCAAAUGAUAUUUAUUAAGUGAAAAAUGUACUUUUGGUUUUCCAUUUUUUUUAAAUAAUAAAAAGACAAGUAGGAGUGCGAGAA